UAAUAAUACCCUUGUUUGUCCGAACAGAAAAAAUGUCAUUGAAAAAUAACUGCUCGGCGCAGUAUGUUGAUGUUUUAACCUCAGUUGCAUGGACAGCAAUGAAUCCAUCAAAUGGCGAUCGUUUUCGGAACUAGAAAGUUAUCAUGGGUUGUUUGUUCUGCAAACAAAAGACUGACAUUUGGAAUGAUGAUGUCCAGGGGUUUGACAAUUUUGCUCUGGACGAGCGGGAGGUGUCGGGUCGAACUUCUCAAACGUUCGACGUCAUAAAGGCGGCACGUCGCAGACGGUGCUCUAGUGAACGCAGUGGAAUAUGGAUGAACCUUGAUAAACAUAUUUACCUUGGACGUGAUAAUAAAGGGACCCAGACAACGGUGAACACUACGUCAGAAAUGGUUCAAACGAUUGUGAACACUACGUCAGAGAUGGUUCAAACGGAUCAGGUGUGGAGGAUGUACGAUGACAAAGUCACACAGACUGGUGAUGAUACGAACGAUGAUAGUGUGACGAUAAAGCACGAAUCAAAUAAUGCUAAUGAAUCUGCCACGUGUGAAAAGGUGAAUGGAGUAGAUUUUAAAAAUGUAGAUAGUAGUGAAAGUGUAGCUGAAAAUAACCUCACGGAAGAUAAUCAUAAACGCAGUAUUGUGUCUAAUAAUGGCGAUACAGAAGAGAGUCAGCUUACUGUUGAUACUAGUAUUCAAGGAAGUAUUGCGAGUGAUAAUGACGGUGCUAAGGAGGGUAAACUUCAGGAGGAGAAUAAGGCGUCCGGUGUUAGUACUACGGACAGACAGGAUAAUACAACGCAGAGUACUCGUGUAGAGGAAAGUCAGGGAUGUGGUGUUCUAAGCGAUACUGAUUGUUCAUCUGAGAGUGUUCUCGUGGAACAGAAUAACAAAGAAGUAUGUUUACCAACCAAAGACAAAAAAGACGUUAUAGCCAGAAAAAGUGAUGUAAGUUAA